AUGGGCAAUUGGUUUCGUCACUCAUUACACCUACAAGCUUAUCGCUUAUCGGCGUGCUUGACCCCUUGCCUCGGCCCCAUCCGCAACUCCACCCACCGCGUCGGGUCCGGGGAGCGGCCGCUCUCGCCGAAUCAGGCUUUGCCGUUUCCCCUUGGCGUGACUAUUCAGUUCUGGCUAUUGGACAAUCGAGCUGGAUUGUUGGGCUUCUUUCCGAUGUUGUGCAUACUUGUCUACCUCGAACCAGACUGCUCGCAGCCUUACUCAAGGACAUGCUUUAUUCGAGAGAAACUAACAGUAUUGGCUCACCAUCAGACAGCUUUUAGUAAAACUUCGGCGUAUGCGUUUCCAGUUUUUGCCUGCGCUGAUUGCUCGACUUUUGGUGUAUAUAGAGCUGUUUCGACAAGCCAGGCCAACCGAAGAAAACCGCCGCAAUUGUCACUCUGUAUUGUCGCAAAUGAAGAGUUACAAGAGUCUCUUUAUGGCAAUCAUGCUGCUUUUGCGCAGACAAGCCCGUACAGAGCCGAAAUCACAACCCUAGAAUUGCGGAUCAUUCUGCUCAGCCUUGGUCACUCCCCUUGGUGUAGUUGGUUCAUCACGUUCGACUGUAAUUGUUCAUCUCUUGUCAUCGAAAGGUCUCUAGUUCGAUUCUGGAAGGGGAGAACCAAAUCUUUUGCCUUUUUGGCUGUUGACGAUAUCUUGAUUUUGCUUGAGAGCGAUCGAUGUUGGGUUGCCUGGGCGUCACUUGAGCUUCCCAUGCCUCCCGCGUACUUGGGACUCACAUAUGAAUGGUAUCAAGAGGAGGUUGUGAACCUCGCGACAUGA